AUGACCGCCCCAGCCCCCACGAGGCCAAACCUACCAAAUCUCAACCUGGACGAGUUGGAUCGGCUGUACAAUAAUGUGCUCGUUGAAACUGGCAAGGUCUUCAAAGUUCUGGCCAAGGAGGGUGGUAGCUCGGUUGCCGAGUUGCCUGUUGCGAAUACCAGCCGUAUCCAGUACAAUGUUGAGGAGUUCAAUGCCGCCCUAGAUGAGGUCGAGUCCGAGAUCCUGCAAGCCAAGGCCGCCAUCUUGAGGGAUCUGAACAAAGCACGGGAAAAGCGCAAUCCACCGCCGGUCGCGGUACCCGCGCCAAAACCGGCGUCUCUCCCGGCCCCAACGGCGCCCAUGGCUCCCAAGGCACCCAAGGCUCCCAUGGCUCCAAUGGCCCCCAUGACGGUCGGUAUUCCGGCAGGUCCCAGCCCCCCUCAACCCCAGCCCGGGAAGCCGCCUCUUAACAAGUCGGUGGCCCCUAUCCCUGAUAUGGGACUCGAUCUUACCGCGUCUCCCGUGGCCAAACACUCGCCGAGCCCGAAGCUGGUCAAGACCAAUCCCAAGAACUCGCCUCGGCCGGGCGCCGCACGCCCUGUUAGUGCACCUCCGAAAAAGGAUUCCAAGGUCCCGCCAGGGCCUGCCUCCCGACUAGCACAUGCGGCAAACGCAGCAUCACAGGCGCCCCGACCAGCAAGCGCAGCGCCCCAAGCCCCCCAUCAAGUUCACAACACCAAGUCUGCGGUCCUUCAGGGUGGGAAUCUGGGAUCUGGCCCGACCGCGCCGCCUAAUCAUACCAACAUACCGAACCCACCGCCGCAUCAAACGAUGUCAGGGCCGCAACCAGCUCAGCCAACACAGGGACCCCAAGGGGCUUUCCACGCUCCAUCAUCCGCUGCAGCCAAAGCACCAGCACCAGCACCAGGAGCCGAAGCUCUCUUCACGAACAUGACCUUUUCCCUGGCACCUGCCCCAGGGGAAGCACCGAAGCAGAACCAUCAGCCGGCCGCCAACAUGACGAAUGCCACGAACCCACCCGCUCCGAACGUGAGCCAUCAAGCACCGGCUCCUCCGAAUGCCAACAUCAACAACGCCACACGCAAUGGAGCAGGAGGAGAGGACGCCAACAUGUCCAAUGCGGAGAUCUUUGACCUGGGGUCAGGGAGCAUGGACAACAUGGAGGACAUCAACUACGACCUGGGCGGGGAGGGCGGCGACAACAGCAAUUUCAACGACCUCUACUUCAGCAGCGGCGGCGACGAUACCACGCAGAACACCGAGUUUGAUGGCUCGAAUUUCUACAACUUUUAG